CUCCCUGCCACAGCCCAGAACUUCCAUUGGGUGGACAUCGACAAGUUUGAUGAGAACAGAUUCCUGGGCAAGCAGGAGGAGGCAGCAGUGGCCAGACCAUGCCCGGACCCUGGUGAGGCGGAUGGCCUUCUGCAGCAAGGGGGCGUGCUUCGAGCAUUCCGUGCAGCCUUGCAGAACUGUCCCAUCAGCACCAAGAAUCAGGCCGUGAAGGAACGGUCCCAGAGCAUGGUGCUGAAAGUACUUACAGAUUUUAAGAGCAGAGCAAUUGAGCAGGCUGUGCAUUCACUGGACAAAAAUGGCAUUGACUUGCCAAUGAAGUACAUUUAUAAAGGGUUUGAGAAGCCCACAGAAAACAGCAGCGCAGUGUUACCCCAAUGGCAUGAAAAGGCAUUAGCAGUAGGAGGACUAGGCUCCAUUAUGAGUUCUCACAGCAAGAAACACUUUAAAAACUAAAAAAAAAAGGGACUCCUCUUAUCUUGAGAAGAAUUUUGGAUGCACAGGCUGAUGAAGAAGGGAUUGACACUGGACCAUCUUCCUAGGAAUUCCCAGCUAAACUAUUUCAGGACAUGCAUCCGCUGAAGUGUAUUUUAUUUUCAAGGUGGAGGGAGAAAUCUUCUGUUUCUUAAAUCCUUUGUAGGAUCUGAUAGUCUAUGCCUUUGUCCGCAAGUAACACAGAACUGAUGUUGUAACUGCCUGCUGGAGUGGCUGGCGCAUCUUGGCCAGGUGUACAUGUGUGCUCUGCCUAUUUAAAAUGGAAGAGGGACUAUCUGAGCAGGUACAGAUCCAAGGGCUGUGGUAAAAGGCAGAGCCUUGUUUUUUUGAAGUAGUAAAACUUCCAGGAUUUGUACAGACAUCCCUGGGAAGAUAGGGCUCUCUUGGGUUCAUUGUAAAGUGCCUACUGCAUCAGUAAAGCUCUUGGCUUAUUAGAAUGUAAAAAAGAUAAUAAUAAUUAACAAAUAAAUAAAAAUCAACAAAUACAGAGAACAAAAAUAAAGACCUAUAAUGAAUGAAAGUUGGUAAGAACCUGUGGAAAUUAUGUUUGGUGUGAAAACAGAAAUUUAGAUCAGUGGAACAGAAUAGAUAGCUCAGAAUAGAAGCAUUAUUACAUAUAAAGAAUUUUAAUAUUUAGAAAGACCAGAGAGUUUGGUAAGGGAAGACUUAUUUAAUGAAUGAUGUUAGGAUAACUAGAUACCAUUUUAGAAAGAGAAACGAAUACCACAGGUAUAAGGUGUAGGUCUAACUGUUCAGGCUCUACAGAGAACCUACAUUGGUACACAGGGGAAGUUACCGAGUGGGGAGGACUCCUCAUCCCCUAUUUAUCCAUAGGUCCUCUUAUAUAUUUUAUAUUUGAUUUUAGACAUAAAAUUCUCUUUCUGGAAGCGAUUUUUGAAUGUUUUACUUAGAAAUAAUUUCUAAUUUCCAGGAAGUUGCAAAACUUAAAAUAAUACAAAGAAUACCCACAUAUCCUUACUUUAAUGUUUGCACUCAUUCUCUCUAUCCCCCUCUCCUUCUCUCCUUAUAUGCAUGUGUGUGCAUGUGUGUGGUAUACAUGCAUACACAACAUUUUUUUCCCUGAACCAUCCAAAAGUAGGUUACAUGCAUCAUGGCUUUUUACUCCUAAAUACUUCAGUGUAUAUUUCCUAAAAACAGGAUAUCCUCUUAUGUAACCAUGGCACAUUUAUCAACUCGGUAAAUUUAACAUUGGGUACAAUACUUUUGUCUAAUCUACAUUUGUAUUCAAAUUCUGUCAGUUAACCCAUAAUGUUCUUAUAUCAUUUUCCCCUCCAGAUCAGGAUCAGUCAUUACAUUUAGUUGUUCUCUUUAUGCUCCUUUAUUAUAGAACACUGCCAUUGUCUUUCUUUGAUGUGUGUGUGUGUGUGUAUCUGUGUAUCUGUCUUCCCACCUAGAUAACAACUGCACUGGCAGAAUCUGGUACAACUGUUUUAGAAGAGUCUAAAAGAGUCUAUUGAACGUUUGCAACUUCUAUGAGAAGACUUGAGGGAUAAAUUGGGGUUAAUUUCAGUCAAUUUCAGCUCUUAGCACAGUAACAACUGCCCAUGCCUCAUCAGAGCCAUUUAAUGGGCAGCUGCACAUGACUUCCUGGAGCAGUUUGCACACAGCUUGUGAGAGCCAGGGUGGGGAAUAAAGAUGCUGUCCCCCAGAUUAUCAGGGAUCUACACUCAGAUUGCUGAUUGCUGCUUCUAAUCACAGGUGCAAAGGGAUGGGCAGCUCUUAUUGCAAUUUUCCCCAUUGUUGCAAGCCCCUAUCCUUCCUGCUAAAGUGACUUCCAGAGGAUUUAAAGAGCUAGCAACCUUUUUUUUUUUUAUCCUCCCUUUCAUUUUUCUCUUUUUUCCUUUACGGGAACCAUUAGAGGCUAGGAUAUUCAAAAACAACUGCUGUAUCCAUUUAUGGAGAAAACUAAAAAGUGACUAUGCAUGGGAAAGGCUCAGAAAAGACCUGAGUAUACCUUAAGUUCACACAUUAUAUAGUAAUAAAAGUUUCAAUAUAGUAAGAAGAUAUAAUAGUUAUAAACAUUUAUAUACCUAAAGACCAUCAAAAUCUAUAAAGCAAAAAUUGACAGAAUUAGAGACAGUUUUCCAAUAAUAGAGAUUUCAGUAUCCAAUUCACAAUAAUGUAUUGAGCAACCUGAUAAAAGAGCCCUUGACACAAUAUACCAAAUAGGUCUAACAGACAUAUACAGAAUAUUCUACUUAAUAACAAUAGCAUACACAUUAUUUUUGUGAACACAUAGGACAUUUUCCAGGAUAGACAAUAUGUUAGGCCACAAAUUAAGUCUCAACAGAUUUUGAAAGAUACGUAUUGCACAAAGUGUCUUCUGUGACUACAAUAGGAUAAAAUUAGAAAUCAGUAACAGAAGGAAAACUGGAAAAUUCACCAAAUGGUGGAAGUUGAACAGGUAUAUCAAAGGAGAAAUUAGAAAAAACUUAGAGACAAAUGAAGAUGAAGCAGAACAUACCAAAACGUAUGGGAUGCAGUGAACGUGCUGCUAAGAAGGAAGUUUAAGGCUUUAAAGGCUUACAUUAAGAAACAAGAAAGAUCUUAAAUCAACAACCUACCUUUACAACUUAAGAAACUAGAGAAAGAAAAACUAAACCCAAAGCUAACAGAAGGAAGGAAAUGAUAAAACUUAGAGCAGAGAUAAAGGGAAUAGAGAAUAGAAAAACAAUGAGAAAGAAAAUCAGUGAAACUGAAAGUUGGUUCUUAAACCAUCAAAAUGUACAAACCUUUAGCUAGAUUGACUAAGAAAAAAGGAAUAUUCAAGCUACUAAAAUAAAAACUGAAAGACAUUAAUGAUUCUACAGAAAGUAAAAACAAUUAUAAAAGAAUACUAUGAAUAAUUGUACACAAAACUAGAUGAAUGAAUUCCUAGAAACCCCAAAACCUGCCAAGACUAAGUGAUGUCAAAAUCCAAAUAGACCUAUAACUAGUAAGCGUAUUAAAUCAGUAAUCAGAAGGCUCCUGACAUAAUCCCUGCACCCAAUGGCUUCAUUUGUGAGUUUUACCAAACAUUUAGAAAAAGAGCUAAUACCAGGACGCCUGGGUGGCUCAGUCAGUUAAGCAGCUGACUUCAGCUCAGGUCAUGAUCUGGUGGUUUGUGGGUUCAAGCCGUGCAUCAAGCUCUCUGCUGUCAGCACAGAGCCCGUUUUGGAUCCCUGGUCUCCCUCUCCUUCUCUCUCCACGUGUGCACUUUCUCUCUCUCUCUCUCUC